UACCACCCUAUUUAUCAACUUCAUAACACACUAAUUUGUUAUUACAUCAUACCUUUUUUAAUAUAUUUUCCUAAGCAUUUUCUUUUUGCUAUAAGCCAUGGCUUUCAACACCAUCAGCAAGCUUUCUGCCACAAUUCUUGUGCUGUCUCUCCUUUCAACACCUUUAUUGACCAAUGCAUGUGGAUCAUGCACGCCACCACCAAAACCAUGCCCAACUCCGACACCACCACCACCACCACCACAAGAGAAAUGCCCCAAAGACACAUUGAAACUAGGGGUUUGUGCUGAUGUCUUAGGACUUGGUAACGUUGUUGUUGGUUCUCCAGUUUCAAGCAAAUGUUGUGCAUUACUUGAAGGCUUGGUUGAUUUGGAAGCAGCACUUUGUUUGUGCACUGCUAUUAAGGCCAAUGUUCUUGGCAACAACUUAGAUGUCCCUGUUGCUCUAAGCUGGAUCCUUAGUGCUUGUCAAAAGUCAAUUCCUCCUGGCUUCCAAUGUUAACAUAAAAUGUUAUAAUUCAAGUAAGGAGAAACUCGCAUGCAGUUGUCUUCAUGUAUGUGAAGUUGAUAAUAGAAAACUGUUAGAUAAUAAUUUAGUUAAAUCUGUUAAAUUAUAUCUAACAGUUUUUAACUAUUAUAUUCACAUGAAGACAACUGCACACGCGAGUCUUUACCUUUAAGUAAUUAGUCAAAUUUCUAUGCAAUUUAUUUUGUCGAGCUUUGUUAUAUUGUCGUUUAAUACGGUGUUGUCAUAUAAAUAAAACUAGAUUUUCUUUGACCAAUCAUAAAUUUUUUUGUUAGAAGAGUACAUCCAUUGACUCUAAAAAAGAAUACAUUAUUUUUAUUUAUAUGACGACACCUGAUUAAAUAGCAAAAUAUAAAAGUUUGACACUAUUAUAUGUAUAGAAAUUAAACCUUUUUCAAGUUUAUUGUGUUAGUUCAUCCAUUUUAUUUAAUUGUUAAUGUUUUUUGUCCAUUACAGUGCUUGUUUUGCUUGUGUUUGGGUAAUGUAUGCGUAGGGAAUGCAUGUAUGGCCAGUGACAUGUUUCCUUACUUAUUGUAAAUUUGUAAUAAUUAGGCAAGCCUGUUUGCCUCGGUUAGCAACCUUAAUUAUUGUUGUUUUUCUCUAUUUUUCCUAAUAAAAUUAGGGAGUUUUGUUGUAAAAGAUGAUUGUGUAUCAUAAUUUAAUUUGUGAAAUGCAUGGAAUGUAUUGUACUUUAAUUUUCCG